AUGGAUUUUAUCGACCCCGUAGUACAACCAAAGGCUGACACCACCGCCGAUAACACUCCUCAAGCUGUCAACCAAUUGGAGAAUGAAAUUGAUAAAGCCUACACUACCGUAGAGAAGAAAUUUGCUGAUUUAUGGACCUCAGUAGGUAAGAACACCGAAGAGUUACAACAGAAAUACCACUUGGAAGAACACAAAAACGAAUUAUUGAAGCAAUUGAAUGAUGCCAGAGCCAACAUUGAAGACAAAACCAAAGCCAAGGAACAUUUGGCCGAAUUUGAAGCAAAAAUCAAGUCUUUGUCAGAACAAAUCCCCGUCAAGGCCCUUGACUUGAAAUCAAUUGACUUGAAAGCUUUAGGUACUCAAGCCAAUGGAUACCUCGAUACCUUGGACUCCAAGUUAGAGGUGGUAGAACAACAGGCUGGUAAAUAUGUCAGCCAAUUCACUUCCUUUUUGUCUGGGAUUGUGUCUGUGAACCAAGAUGCGACUCCCCCUGAGAAGGAGGACAAAGAGGUUUUAUUUACCACAAAGUUAGGUUCCAAUCCUAACUAUGGAACUUCUAGGUACGACAGUGACUUGUUUAAGUUACACACCACCCCAGAGUUGUACUUGGACGAAAAGUUGGACGGAGACUUGAAGAGCUUCGACGUAGAUUCUAAGACUAAAGAUAUCAGUGAUCUUGUAGCAAGAUACGAUAAUACGUUACACAAACUCAUGAAUGAGUUAGUACCCGUCAAAAUCGCAUACAAUGUGUUUUGGUACAGAUACUUCAAAUUGGAGGAUAACUUGAAGAAACAAGAUGAACAAAGAAAGAAGUUAUUGGAGACCAAAGAGACUAAGAAAGCUGAAGAAGAUGAUUUCAAUUGGGAUGAUGAUGAUGAUGAAGAGCCAGUUGAUGUUGGUAAAGAUGUGAAGGAUAAAGAUGAUUGGGAAUGA